AUGUCACCUGGCUUGUUUGUCACCUUGCGCUGGCACCCCGUCACCCCCCACCCCGGGUCUCCUCACCCCAGGAUGCUGCGGGGUGGGAUGACGCCCACGGUCCCGUCUCCACGGUGGUGGCCAGGACUACGGGAUGCUGCCGGCAGCUGGGACAUGGGGCCAGCUUCACCGGGGACAGCUGGUGGCAGGGGGACGUCCCCAAGCGAGUGCCAGAUGCACCGGGAGCACCUCAUUGGGGCGGGUUCCUCGAUGGGUGCCACCGUCCCAAACGCUGGAGGAACCCACGCACCCAGGCGAGGUGCCCCUGCUGUGGCGCCGGCACCCACGGGGACCCGCUGCCACCCAGAGGUGACACCCGCUCGGGGUGACGCCAGCCCGGGGGUGACACCGGCUGGAGAGGGUGAUGCCAUCCGGGGCCCCACCAGCCGCAAUCACUGCCCCUCACUCACCGGCCGUGGGGUCCCCCCCCCGCCCCGCAACUUCAGCUCUGUGAUCCCAGGGGACACGCGGUGACAGACCCUUGUCCCUGUGUCCCGGGGGGAUCCUGCUCCCCCCCCCCCCCCCAAUUUUAUACUCCAAAUAAAGAGGGCUUUUGCAA